GGGCAACAGGAACGAGGAAGAAGGGUAAUCUUUGGGCUGGCCAUCUUGUCUGGAGAAGAUUAGUAAUAACGAUUUAGCUAAAUUAGCUUCCUGUUGUUUUUCUAACAUCAUGGCAGCGAUGUUGGAUGUUCUCUGGGAGGAUAGAGAUGUUAGAUUCGAUAUAACCGCACAGUAAGUUAUUUAAUUGCUCUCCAGCUCUGCUAAGUUAGCAUAAAGAUGUGCAAAGGGGGACCUAGCUUAGCCGUUUGAUAGCUGGCUAGAUUGCUGCUUUUAUCAACGCGGGUGUAUUUACCGUUGCUCCCUAUUGUAUUGGGUUGCACAAAAACAGUCCGAGGGAAGCUAGAAGUUAAAUUAAAUGUCAACUUACUGUGCCGGUGGGCAGGACAGUUAGUUAUGAUGACGGGGGGGAUUUGAGACAAAAUAUCUAAAAGUAAGUAUUAUGAGAUAGGAAGAGAGGCGAAGCAAGAGUUUUUACUCUGGCCAAAAUCUGUCGACGAAAAUAAACGCACGAAUUUAGGAAUUUUUGUAUGGAGGUCAUUGAGAAACUGUCGAAUAUGGUCGACAAAAAAUGUAAUUGCUAAUUUGCUACAUGAGGCGUAUUUGAUCAAAUAUACGUUUCAUAAUGAUUAAAUUGUUAGGAAUGCACUGAUAUAAGUGGGCGCACGUGCCAUUUCGGGAAUUUACCCAAAAACUACUUUAUAUCGGAGUUGUGCCUGUUGUCAUAGUAGAUAGAGGACUCAUCAUGGAUACAACCCGCUUUAGCAUGGACGGUGCUAUUGAGGGCUUCCACAAUUCUAAAGUAGUCAACUGGGUGGGGAUUCCUAUAAGUUGGGAGCAAUCAGCCAAUGAGGAAGAAGAAAAUGGACUACUUUAAAAUGGAGAUAGCCUGAAUGGCACAGAUACAAAGAUGAGACCUCUUAUCUAUCUGUAUGGCCUGUUGAUCACAUGUGUAUCUGCUCUCUCAUUGGCUUCAAUGGCCCCACCUGAUCUCGCCUCCUCCUGCCUGCCUUCCAUCAUUGAGGACAUGUAUUUCCAUUGUUAGAGCAGUCAUGCUAAUAUCUUAAUAUAAUAGAUAAUCUUUAUUAUUAUUGAACAGACUUCCCAAACGUGGGUCUGUUAUAGACCCACUUCCUCUCUGCUUACCUCAUGUCAAAAUAAAAGGCCCCCACAAGUUAUUCAUUUUUUUUGUCCACAUAGGGCACAUGUGCAGGACUUUUAUUUUGACGAGGGAAGCAGAGAGGAAGUGGAUCUACAACAGACCCACGUUUUGGAAGUCUGUUUAAUAAUACAGUCCUUUAGAUAUUUUGUCUCAAAUUUCCCCUGUCAUAAUGACCAACCGUCCUGCCCACUGGCACAGUAAGUUGAAAUUAAAUGUUAUUUAACUUCUGGCUUCCCGCUGACUGUUUUUGUGCAGCCAAAUACAAUAGGGAGCAACGCUAGUAUAUGUAAGUACACUCAUGUUGCUAAAAGCAGCUACUGGCUAGAAUUAAUAUAGCUAGCUGGCUUGCUAGCUAGUUAGAUAGGAAAACACUGACUAGCUACAACUGUUUUUAUUUACAGGCAAAUGAAGACGCGACCUGGCGAGGUCUUGAUAGACUGCCUUGAUUCCAUUGAAGACACCAAAGGAAAUAAUGGGGAUCGAGGUAACGUUAAUGUAGCAUGUCUAUCCCACUACUGACACCAAUGUAGCAAUUGAGGGGGAGAUGUAUACAGCCAGACUAUGUGGGACUUGAACCAGCAACCAUGUGGUUAUGGGCGUUUGCACUAAUUAUACAAUACUUACUCCUUACUUGCAGGGAGGCUCCUGGUAACAAAUCUGAGGAUCAUCUGGCAUUCUUUGGCUCUGCCAAGAGUCAAUUUGUGUGAGUACACCUAGACCAAGCUAGUUACGUACAUUUUAUUUAUCUUUCCUUGACAUGGCUAGUGGAGCAUCCACUCUUCAAAGGGAAAACAUUAUUAUUCUCAUCUCAAUUAAUUUAGCCCUCUUUUGGAUUAUGAUGGUACUACUGUGGGCCACAAAGAUAAUCAGAAGUGAUACCUGGGUCGUUCCACCAGUUCGGUGCCUUUUGAGAAGUGUAACUUUGGAUUCCACCUAAUUUUAACCUUCUGUCAUACAAAGAACAUGUUCAACUUUUAAAAAACACGUUUUCCAAUCUCAAGAGGUUUUAAAUGCAAUUACUUUAGUAAGUGCCAAAUAAAGUAACAGGGUUGACUGUAACAGGGUUGAUGAUUUCUUAUUAAAUCAGACAUAAAUCCUGUUCUGACAGGGGAAAUGGAAUCUUGUUGUGUGCAACACAGGGAGUGGCAAUUGAAUGCAAGCUAUAAAAAAAAAAAUUUGAAACAUUUUCUGCUCUGUUCAUCUGAGUAACAGUGUUGACGUGUUAUGCCCGACCUGCUCAUAUUCCACCAGAAAAUGGCCAAAAAGAGUAAAACCAGCUUACCUGCUUUGACAAUAUGAUUUAACUGUUAGAUGUCCAAUGUUUCUUUAGGAAAAUAUAUUUUUAAAGGAAUAGUUUCACCAUAUUAAAAUGAGAGUUCAGUUCACAUAGCAGGGUUGACCUUAAAAUGAGGGACAGAUGUAAAUCACAUUAAAUAAAUAAUAAUUUUCUGAAAUGACUUUGUCAAGGCAACAAAAAUAACUAGGGCUUUACAAUGAUGGUGAAAACUUUGAGAAAUGUUGGGGUUAAGUGGGUUAAAAGUCACAGAGGGUGUACUGUGCACGGAGGGACAUGUCAAAAUGCUGCAUUUUGGGACUUUAGCAAGUAUUUUUUUCUCCAGAGUUAUUGAAAUCUCCAUGUGGUCUAUAUUAAAGGGCACUUCAUUUAAUAUAACAGGCUUUUAAAAUUCUAUAUUGGUGCACAAUUUCUACUUAAAAUGUCAAAACGCAAAAGGCACUCUUUUCGUAGAACAACCCAGCUAGUAUAGUUUCUCCAAAAAAUUUGAAAUCAAACAAUAAUAAUAUGCCAUUUAGCAGACGCUUUUAUCCAAAGCGACUUACAGUCAUGCGUGCAUACAUUUUUGUGUAUGGGUGGUCCCGGGGAUCGAACCCACUACCUUGGCGUUUCAAGCGCCGUGCUCUACCAGCUGAGCUACAGAGGACCACAACAACACUGAGUGACAAUGUUCUUUGUUUCAUAGCUGUUGGAUACAAUUCCAUUAUUAACAUCACAACAAGGACAGCUAACUCUGUAAGUAUACUGUAUAGGACUGUCUAUUUAUUUACUUUAUGAGUAGACUUGCCUAGAUGUCUAUUUACCAUACUAAGGAUGUUAUUUUUCAGAAAUUGAGAGGCCAGACUGAAGCACUGUAUAUCUUGACAAAGUCUAACAAUACAAGAUUUGAGUUCAUUUUCACCAAUGUGGUUCCAGGGAGUCCAAGACUAUUUACAUCUGUCAUUGCUGUUCACAGGUAUUUAUUUAUACCUAGAGAACAAGAAAUUACACUUGUGGAAGUUGUUACAGUUUUCCAGAUUAUGUAAUGAGAUAUGAUUCAGUCAAGUCACUGCUGAUUUGAAUUGAAUGUCUCGUCAACUAAUUGUCCAUAUCCCUCUGCUCCAGGGCUUAUGAGACCUCUAAAAUGUACCGUGACCUGAAGCUGAGAGGAGCUCUCAUUCAAAAUAAACAACUGAGGCUUUUGCCUCGAGAGGAAGUGUAUGACAAAAUCAACGGGGUGUGGAAUUUAUCCAGUGACCAGGUACACAUCAAUUCCUCUAAAUAGCUAAUCCUUCGCGAAGUAUUCUAUAUAAAACAUGUUUCAUGCUCUCAAUGAAACUUACUGUCCUGAAUUGUGUGUUGUAGGGUAAUCUAGGGACCUUUUUCAUCACUAAUGUUCGGAUUGUGUGGCAUGCCAAUAUGAACGAGAGCUUCAACGUCAGCAUUCCCUAUCUUCAAAUUGUAAGUGGCAUAAACAAAGGAAGUAAUACAAAAUCUGCUGUCAUGUCCAGCCUAACAAAUUGACGACACAUUUUAGGGUUUUGAAAGUGAUCAUCUAUUUUCCUUAUUGUCACCUCUCUUCCCCGUAGCGUUCCAUCAGAAUAAGAGACUCAAAGUUUGGCCUAGCUUUGGUGAUAGAAAGCUCUCAGCAGGUAAUUGUGAUCAUUAUUGUCACUUUCUUUCCCAAAGAGUUCCAUCAGAGUAAGAGACUCAAAGUUUGGUCUGGCUUUGGUGAUAGAAAGCUUUCAUCAGGUAAUUGUGAUCAUUUGAGAUGUAUCCGAUGGUAUUUGACUUAUUGUGUACCAUAGAAUUACAUAUAGAACUAGUCAUUUAAUAGGAUAUGUAGAAUAUCUGUGUUGUAGUAUCAGCUUUAAAACAUGACAGAAAAUACAGAGAACUUGGCUCUUGCAUGCCAUUGACUGUUGUGACAUACUCCUGAGUACAUACGUCUUCUUUGUUUAUAGACUGGAGGAUAUGUGCUUGGAUUUAAGAUCGACCCAAUGGAUAAGCUUCAAGAUGCAGUUAAAGAGAUCAACUCUCUGCACAAAGUCUACUCUGCCAACCCCAUCUUUGGAGUGGACUAUGAGAUGGAGGAAAAGGUACGCCUAUGUGACCACACAUUGUUGAAAAUAUCAUAAUAAACACAGUUAGAUGCAUAAUGGCUUUGCCAUGGAUUCUCUCUCCCAACAAUGAUUCCAGCCUCAGCCACUGGAGGAGCUGACAGUGGACCAGCCCCCUGAUGAUGUGGAAAUUGAGCCCGAUGAGCAGACUGAUGCUUUCACUGUGAGUGUGCUUAGCCAAACUGUCAUCCCUCCUCUGGGAGUCCGCAAUUUGUUUUCACAAUCUGCAAAUAGCAGGUUGAUAAAGUCAUGUUACACAACAUACUGCAAACAUGGCUUUGGUGUUGCCUAGUGCCUCUCAUGUCUAUACAGACGACUGAGGUGUACUUUGUAAGAUGGUUUAAACACUUAACCUCCUAUUAAUGCCAUUGUGAUAACUGAUUUCUAUUUGUUUGCUUUUAAGGCUUACUUUGCUGAUGGAAAUAAGCAACAAGACCGGGAACCUAUGUUUUCUGAGGAGCUGGGAAUUGCAAUUGAAAAGUUGAAGGAGGGGUUCACACUUCAAGGACUCUGGGAAGUCAUGGGCUGAAGCAUGAACACUGAUAGGCGAGUUAGAUUAACCUAGUUCCUCAAAUCCUCCCUUUCAAAUGGCACAAUUGACACAGUUGUUUAUAACCAUUUGUAAAUGUACAACAUAUUUUGUCUAUUUAUUGAUAGGUCUUGAUGUAUAUAGUAAAGAUGUAGACCUGAUCUGUGUAUGAGUGACGUGAAUUUUAAGUGAUUUCUAAAUAAAAACAAUUCUAUAUAAGUGUAGUUUGUGUUAAUGUUUAUUUGUAC